AUGUACUUUCAAAACGUUCUCGCCUUUUCUGUGGCCUUGCUGGCAGGCACAUCGAUCGCUGCAGACUACAAUGGCGGCGAAAUACCUUCAAACCUGCGCAAAAACCGGUCCAAGCUGCGCGCCGCCGACCUCCUUUCUGGCUCUUCAUCUGCACAGGUAGUCACAGUGACACCUAUGGCGGCUGCUACCCCCAGCUCAUCCGCUGUAGCUGAUGCCAGUAAAGUCAUGGUGCCCAUGUCGUCAGUCGCCAAAGCAACAUCCUCGGCGGCUCCAUCAUCAUCGAAACAUGCAACUAGAUUCCAAUCUUCGGUGAGACCAUCAAAGUCAGUCGCGGCAUCAUCAUCAGCUGCGCAUCGCCCUGCUCAAGGCACCCACGCCGCGCAGAUGCCUGCCUCAAGCCCAUCGACCGUGGGCGAUAAUGACGUGAGCGUGCCAGUGCAGGAACUCGCCAAACAAGCAGAUGCAACCGCCAACAAGGACGCGAACAAGCCGUUCUGGAACCGACCCAUUUCUGACAGCAAACCCCGGCCCAAUGCCCCGGAUUUCAGCGAGGCUCCUGAGACGCGGGUUGAUGACAAGGAUAGUUGCUCGUUGCGGUGCCAGGACUUGGCGAAUCAAUGCGCUGAAUUGCUGCCGAAAGACAAUGAUUUCUGCUGGGAGAACUAUCCGGCGUGCCAAGACCGGUGCAUCAAGGAGCACGUCCACUCGUGA